AUGUUACUAGCAUACUUAAAACAGGUAGCGGUCGUUGAUCGUCUUGGAGGUGAAUUUGUUGGACGAAAGCGAUUACAUUUCGUCACGGUCUCCGUAGUCGUGGCAUGUAUGGCUUGUAUUUUUAUGAUAGAGUUUACAGGUAAAACUACCGAAAUGGUUCUUGUGGUACGCACGUUGACUCUUCUGGCCUUUGGGACCACCGGAUGCAUAUUUUUACAGUUUCUUCUGGUGACAGCAGAGCUAUAUCCAACGGCUAUCCGUAAUCUGGCUAACUCCCACAUAAAUGUUUGUGGACGGCUUGGGAAUGUAUUUGGUCCACUUGCGUUCAGUUUGUCUUCCGGAAUCGUUGGCUUCCCUUAUCUGAUGAUGGCGACGAUAGGAUUUCUCGACAUCCUCUUCUUCCAGUUUACACUACCCGAGACCAAAGGGCAUCCACUCCCAAGCCGAAUGCCUGAGAAGAAGAAGAAAGCGGACGUUGAGAGCGUGAAUCUCAUCGUCAAAUCAUGA